AUGUUGGCCCUUAGUGGUCGAUGUUUAUCUCUAAGUACACUUCCUCGUGCAAAUGCAUUAGCUAUUAUUCGUCAAGCAUCAUCAUCACAAUCAAAUAAAAAUCAACAAGAACCAGUUGCUGUUUCAACAUCAUCUAGUUCAGUUGAAGAUUCAAGUCGUUCACCUAUGAGUCAACGAUCUUUACCUCCCGAUGAUGGCAAAGUUCGUUUUCCUAAUCCAUGGGAUGUUAUUCUUAAUAAACGUCGUUUUGAAUAUGCUAUGAAAUUCAAAGGAUACGAUGAUCCAUUUGAUAUGAUGCCAGUUAAACGUAUUGAAAAUAGUACAGCUGAAAAUCCAAAUUUAUUACCAAGUUGUAAUGAUAAACGACUUAUGGCUUGUAUUUGUAAUGAAGAUGUCUAUCACUUGAAAUGGAUGCAUCUUCAUCGUGGUGAACCAAAACGAUGUUAUUGUGGUCAUUGGUUCAAAUUAACUGAAAGACAAUUUGUUGAUUUAAGUGAUUUUGGUAUUACAGAAGAAAUGCAAAAACCAGCUGCUCAUUAA